AUGUCCCACUUUGGAGACCUGAACGGUACUGGUAUCCAGGUCGCGCAGAAUUUUGGUGUUAUCAAACUCCACCAAGCAGGCAUACCUGGUGCUGGGAAGACUAUUCUUGUAUCGAUCAUCAUUGAUCAUCUCCAAAGGAUAUCGGGAGACCGUGACGUUGGCAUUGCAUACCUUUACUGUAACUUCCGGCGCGUAAACGAUCAAACCGUAGAGCAGCUCAUUGCCAACCUCGUGAAGCAAAUAUUCAGCAACAAGUUUCCACCACCACCUGCAGUCAUGGAUGCCUAUACUCGACAUAAAAAGUAUAAAUCACAGCCAUCGUUGAGCGAUCUCGAGGAGAUGUUCCAUACUGUUGCCGCACGGUACAAGGACGGGGUCUUUGUUAUUGUUGAUGCACUGGACGAAUGUCAAAUGAGCGACAAUAUUCGUUCCGAAUUCAUCGAAGCAUUGCUGCGCCUUCAAUCUAGGGAUAGGAAUGUCAACAUCCUCGCCACAUCCCGGCCUGUACCUGAUAUUGUGGAAGCCUUUGAUGGGUACUCCCGACUUGAGAUAGUGGCCCAAAGGGACGAUAUCGAGCGAUAUAUGCGCAAUAAAAUGCCCAACUUGCGCGCUGUCUCAAAAUAUCGGGACCUCCAAGAUGAGAUCAUCGAUUGCAUUGCCAGUGUCGCAGAUGGCAUGUUCCUACUCGCUCGCCUCUUCAUCGAGUCCUUGGAGCAUAAAGUUAGCGCAAAGCGCAUCCGUGAAACACUGAACAAGCUUCGAAAAUGCGCCCAGGAAAAGGAGUCAAAGCUUGCCCUAUUACGCCUGGCAUAUGACGACGUAAUGGAGAGAAUCAAUGGGCAACCGGCUGAUUACAAGGAGCUUGCCAACCAUGUGCUAUCUUGGAUUAUCUGCGCCAAACGUCCUCUGAAAACGAUAGAGGUUCAGUAUGCAUGGGCUGUUAAGGAUAGCGAGGACGGAAUCGAUGAAGCCGCAAUUCCUGAAGCCGAAAACAUGGUUUCAUAUGGUGGUGCAGCUUUGUGCUAG